AUGUCAAUGCCUCCCAACUCACGCCUGGAGUACGGGUACGAACUUCAGGACACGAACUUCCGAAAUCAUCCCCUCGACCUCGAGGGUACCCCCAAGGAGGUCUCGGUUUUUCAUGGAGCUCAGAGAAUAACCAUUGAGGGAGGGAGCACGACGAUCAGGGCUGGCCUUCAAAUGCAACCGAUUCCUCACCCCGCCGCCUCUCCCUACGCCUACCCAUAUGUCAGUAGCAACCCUUAUGGGCCGUCGUGGGGUCCUGCAUCCGCACCCCUCGACACUCAGCUCCCUCAGCAAUGGAUGACUCCAUUGCCCGCCGAUCAGGUUCCCAUUCAACAUCAAACCCUCCAGUACUGCGCCGAGCAAGAGAAUCCAGGAGGCCUAUAUGCAGGAAUAGCUCAUAAAGAGGGGACCUCUGGUAUAUCGUUCCCAGAAACCAACAACGCCCACCAGUUCAAUCAAGGUGGUUAUAUGAAAAAUCACACUGUAGAAGGACUAGAGGACGUCAUCCCUCCGAACCGGCCGUCCUCGUCGCUGGCCCAUCACCAUCCCGCCACUACUCUCCAUUCACAGUCCGAACCGCUGGGCCCCCAAGGUCAAACUCAUCCCAAUAGAAGCCACUCGGAGACCGAACCUCCCACUCUCCCUUCCCACAUCGAGGGAGGCGAGAGUGAUUCGAAAACGAUUGGUCAGACGCCUGCGAAACCACAGAAAAAGCGAAGUAAGGUCAAAAAAUGGAUAAGAUUGAAAUGUCGGCUGAUAAUAUCCGCGUUCAAACGGGGUGGCCAUGGAAGGUCGUAG